GAGGAAUACAACAGUUUUGCAUCCGCUUUGCAGAAAUCGGUUUUAUUAGAGAAGAUACUCGAAGAUCUGUUCCAAAAUCAGAGAGCUGAUCAUGUUGGGAGAAGACUUCAUCAGAGGUCUCAGAUACAGAGAAGUGGACUGGGAGUCGCGGAACGUAAAGGUCAGGGGAAGUCCAGCAUGUCCUAUACCACCAAUCAAAGUAAUCGGUGAAAUAAUGACAGCAAACUCAGAAGUCUGUGUGCAGUCUGUUCCUGGAGUGACAACUCUAACCAAUGAGGCCCUCCCCAUCCCCAAAAGCCAGAAUAAUAAUCAGGAUCUACAACUUUAUCGCUCUUGUUUCUGCACAUCCUUCUGCAAAGACUACCCAGAUGUACAGCUCAGAGGGGACCAUGUAGGAGACUGGAGCUUACUCAGUCUCCCAAAGCAGAGCAGCAUAUUUCAGGGACACCUGCUACAGCCCCAGUACCUGGAUGAGACCCUGGGGCCUGUGGAGCCUGGGCUAAGAGCUGAGUCUAUGCAGCCUCUGCAUGAUGAGGGUUACCUGGUCAUGGACGGUAGCAUAUCUUUGAAUAGGGAGCCUUUGUCUAACUCCAUGCUGAAUAGUUACCUGGAGAGUAAGCUCAUAGAGGUGUACAGGCAGCACAUGCAGGAUAGUCUGGCCAGAUGCAGCUCUCCUUUGAGCCUGACCCCUCCACAGGGUCUGGUACCACCAGCAGCUCAGCACCUCAGCCAGCAUCUCUGCCAGGACUAUGGUGUGGACUCCAGCACAGCCUACAGCAUCGCGGUACACUAUCUCAGCACAUGUACAGUGACCAGCUCCCAUUUCAGCUCCCCAGACCUGCGUAUCUCCCAGCCUGAUCAGAGAAUCUGAUGAGGAGAUGCGUUCUGAGGACGUGACCUCUACCCCUGCUUCACCAUGCACCAUUCAUUUGAAUUUGUCUCAUGUCUAUUUGUGUAAUUGUGCUAUGAAAGCAAUGAAGAAUUUAAGUAUACUAGUGUGUGAACUUAGUGCUAAGUUUCCAGAGAUAGUAUUUUGUACAGCAAGAGUCAUUAUAACCAAGUAGAAAUAACUUUAACGACUUUGAUAUUUUGUCCAUGUGCUUCAGUGUUGAGAGUCAACUGUUAGAAUCUGCUAUUGUCUCUGCUUCUUCUUCUUCUGUUAUGGAAAAACAAAUCCACCAGGUGGCGAUGUAAGUUUGUUUGGAUGCUAAGGAAGUGCAUCCGAAAGAAUGUUACACCAAAGAGAACAAACUGUUCUAAGUUGAAAGAGGUAUGUUGUUGAUGAUGAAAGGGAGACAGAAAUAGCGUUUGUAAAA